UCCAAAAAAAAUCCAUUUCGAAUUUACAAAAACGAAAAGAGCAAACCUUUUUUUUUCUCGUUGGCUUCGGAUCUUGGUUUCUUUGUCCUCUGAAGUGUUCUCGUUUCUUGUAUGCCGUGGAAGAGUGGUGACAGGAAAAGGAAGUCAAGGAGCAGAGGGGAUGGUGCCACUGUAGCUGAGAUUCUAAACAAGUGGAAAGAAUACAAUGAGAGAGAGGAGACGUGUAGCGGUGGUGAGAGAGGUAAAAAGCGGGCCCGGAAGGCUCCUGCAAAGGGCUCGAAGAAGGGUUGCAUGAAAGGGAAAGGAGGACCUGAAAAUGGAGAUUGCAGAUACAGAGGAGUUAGGCAGAGGACCUGGGGGAAGUGGGUUUCCGAAAUUCGGGAGCCGAAUAGGGGCAAAAGGUUAUGGCUUGGCACUUUCCCCACUGCAUAUGAAGCUGCAUUGGCUUACGACGAGGCCGCGAGGGCCAUGUACGGGCAAUCCGCCCGCCUCAAUUUCCCGGGUUCUUGUUCGAUUGCCACCACGGUUUCUGAUUCCACAACUUUGUCGGAUGGUUCAGAAAUUUGCGCUGUUGAGGAUGCCAAUGUGGUUCCUAGUAGUGUUGAAGUGAAACUAGAGGACGGUAACGGUGAAGCAGUUUGUUGUAUACCGAAGAUGGCGAAAGCGAGAGAGGGAAGACAAGUGCGAGAGCAGGGUUCAAGUGAUGGUUAUGGCAAUAGACAGGACCUGAAAGAGGAGCCUAGAGAGCAAUGUUCAAGUGAUGGUUAUGGCGUUAGACAGGACCUGAAAGAGGAGCCUAGAGAGCUGAGUUCAAGUGAUGAUUAUGGCAUUAGACAGGAUGUGGAGGAGGAGCCUGUACUAGCAGUAGCAGCUAUCGAUGAAUCUACAAAUUCUGGAGAGGAUGAACUGGCGCUCGGGCAAGAAUCAUGGCAAAUGUUGGAUGUAGAGGAGCUGUUGGAUCUGUUAGAGGACAACCAUCUCUCUGCCAGAGAGACAAAGCAAGAUUCAGAAGCUGAAAGGCCAUCAGAUUUCACUUACCAGAUGCAGUAUCCAGACGCCAAGUUGCUCGGAAGCCUCAACCACAUGGAGAACGUCGAUUCUGGAUUCGAUUACGGGUUACCGAUUGCUCGGGACAACGAAAAGAUUUCCGAUUUCUUCGGCCUGGAUUUACCGAGCUUGGACUUCGGAGAAACCCGUCUCGUGGACAGCCGAAUCGUUGCUCGGGAUCUCGGAUUUGCCCCUAAAUCGCCAAAGGUGGAGACUUUCGAUUGCGAUUGCAGCACAAGGUGAAAAAGAAGAGCUUGGAGCUGAAGUUUCAUCUGUUCACUGUCCAACUCUUGAAGCUGGCGACUUUCAGAAUCGGAUGAUAUACUAAUUUCAUCGUUUUUGUAUUAUAUACUCUCCUGAAGCACUGAUGCAUGUGCAGUUGGGGAUAUGAUUCGUUCUUUCAUUUCUUGUGAAUACAGAUUUUAAAGUCUCAAGUUUUGGCAAAUUUAUGAUUCAUAUUA